AUGUUCAACAGUCGACCACAAUUCACUAUAAAAGCUGAGAAAAACAAAGCGUUUGACGAAUCAUGUCAUAUUGGAACGUUCAACAUUGAAAGUGGAAACAUAGCAAAUUGUCUGGAGCACUGUUUGGAUAACUGUCGGUGUCAGUCGUUUCAAAUUUGUAACAAGACAAAAUGUCAACUGUGUUCAAGUCACAAGAAAGAGAAGAGUUCAUUGCUUCAUGACGAAGAUAACUGCGUCUAUGCCACCAACGAGGUGCCACAUUCGACAGGUCAUUUGCAGGUGUGUAAACACGUUGAUUACAAUAUGAAGUAUGUAAUGCUAAAAAUUAUAUUUUUUACAAGUAGCCAAUCAUAUUACUCCAUUUGAUAUAAUAUUUAACAAUUAAUCGCCUCAGGCUCGGUGAUUAUCGGGAUAUUCCCGAUUUUUUAUAUUCACUUGUGCAAAAAUACUAAAUUAAAAUAGUGUAGAAAAGGACUUUAUUUGAUCUUUUUAUAAGGAUUAUAUAAAGGUUAUAAAAGUGAAAUCCAUAUUUAUAUUAUAUACAGCUAUUUCAAUUAAGGUUAAUUGUCCCCGAGCAAAGCGGAAAAGUCGAAUACGAGCGCGAAAGGCUGCUGGGAAUCGUUAAUAAAUUCAUUAAUGUUUUAGCGAUCCCAGCAGUUUUUUGCGCCUGUAUUCGACUUUUCCGUUUUGCUCGGAGAAAACCUUAAUUGAAAUAGCUGUAUACACACAUGGUGGUAAAGGGUAUUUUCAAGAGCCGUGAAUUGCCAAUGUUCUCUUAAUUAAACACAUGCAUAUGAAGAAAUUUUUUUUGAGUUAUUCCGCUAAACUGAAAAAGCUUAACCAUUAUGUCUUCUUUUGAGAAAUCAACAAAAACGUAAAGUCAAGGCUUUCAAGAAAGGUGUUUAUAUUUUUUAGAAAUUGGAAGGGCACUGCUCGGGCAUGAGUUGUUCAAUGAACUACAAUUGUUGUCAAGAAUCAGGUCUCUGUCCCACGAACGCAACAUGCAAACCAAUCAACUCGCCCCAACAGCCCUGGAAACGUUUUAUCUGCGAAUGCCCGGACGGUUACCAUGGAGACAACUGUGACCAGCCAAUCACGUCAUGCCAAGGAUAUGCUAAUGGUCCUCGAAAAUCGGGCAUGUAUAAAGUAGUGGAUUCUGAUCUCAAGUUGGUGUAUGAAGUAUUUUGUUAUUUUGAUUCUGAUGGUGCUUGGACUUUGGUUCAUUCUUGCAGCUUUGCAAAUGGACUUGAUCAGUUAAAAAAAUCUUUAUCUCAAGAUUUACAUGUCGGCGGAAAUGCUCUAGUAUGGAGCGCCUAUCGACUUAAGAAAACAAUGGAAUCCAUCAAAGAGAGUUCAACUUUCCUGCAGUUUACCUGUGACUAUGAAAAACACCGUGACAUGGAACAAUUGGAUUAUGUUCAAAUUCGGCUUGGAAAUAUAAGCCACGAUGUGCUUGAACUAAACAACGAUCAUACUUCCUAUGUUACUGUUGGCGAAGGAUUUGGUAAAAUUGAAAGAUAUGAUUUAAAUGGUUGUCAAGUUAAGCUUCAUCAGAGACCAAACAGGCCCUUGCAUGUCCACGUUAGGCAUGAUAUUCCUGACAGCAAAUGUAAGGUCAGUGCCAACGAUUCGUCUUGUACAAACGCCGACAAGUAUUUUGACUGCUAUGCUUCUUCGUCUGAAUGUGUUAAAAAAGUACAUCGUUGUGUACAGAAUGCUAAUUCCACGACUCAGCUUUGGUUUGGCAUGCGUAAGGAUAACGCAGCACAACUACCUCCUUGA